AUGGAGCUUCCUGAGCCUGUUUCGUUUAUGUGCCCAGCUUUUCAUGUGACACAGAUUAUGAGCGAACCGUCAAGAAAGCUGACUCGGCAUUCACCAUUUCAGUCAUGGCGGAGAAACCUCUUCAUAUUUGAAGAGAGGACAGUUACCAAUGAAGCUAUUAUCGCUAACUCCAUUGCCCUUUUAGAUAACCUACGUCAGGCUCGGUGUAAAUUCUCAGGUACUUCUAUACCAGGAGCAUCUUCGCAUGGUGAAAAGCAUGGUUGGCGACCUCCACCCCAGUGUUGGACAAAGUUGAAUGUUGAUGGGGCUUUCUCUACUUUCGGAGCUAUUAGUGCAUGCGGUGGUCUACUUAGAGAUGCUACUGGUCUUUAUAUUCGUGGGUUUCUACAUAGACUUGAUGAUGGAGAUGCCCUUCACGCGGAGUUAUGGGCAUGUUUGCAUGGACUUAAACUUGCGUGGGAUGGAGGUCAUCGUCAAGUUAUUCUAGAAUCAGACUCCAGUAGUGUUUUGGAACUAAUUUCGACUCACCCAGAUGAACAUCAUGAUGAUUUUCGUCUGCUUAAAGAGAUCAGAGAGAUGCUGGAUCGGGACUGGGAAGUUCAACUUCAGCAUGUGAGCAGGAUGCAUAAUAGAGCCGCUGAUUUCCUCGCGAAGGAGGGUUUAAAGGCUAUUUCUGGUUUUCAUUUGGUUGUCCCUGCACCUGUUAACUUGUUGCCUAUUUUGGAUUCUGAUUGUAAUAACACUUGCAAUCGUAGGGGGCUGAUUACUGACCCUGAGCUCAUAGAUGAAAUCGUCAAGGAUGUUUUGGUAAGAGUGAAUGAUAUCUAUCCUUGUGAGUCAAAUUGCCUUGUUGGAAUUGAUCAACAUGUUGAUCGUAUUAGAUCAUUUUUGGAAAUGGAGUCAAAAGGAGUUCAAAUCCUCAAAAUUUGGGGCAUGAGUGGUAUCGGUAAAACAGCCAUUGCACGAGUUGCGUUUGAGAAAUUCUCUUCCCGCUAUGAAGGCUCUUACCUUGUAGACAAUGUGAGAGAAGAAUCACAAAAGCAUGCGCUGAAAUCUUUAAGAGAGAAACUUAUUUCUGAACUGCAAGAGGAAAAAUCCACUUUCAUCCAUAGAAAGCUUGUUAGCCGAAGAAAAGUUUUAGUUGUACUUGAUGAUGUGGGUGCUCCAGAACAACUACGGCAUCUAGUUACAGAAGGAUUUCACCGGGGACUUGGUAGUAGAGUUAUUGCAACAAGCCAAAACAAGCGAGCACUAAUUGCUGGAGGAGUUCAUCCCAAUGACAUACUUGAGGUCAAGAAAUUGGACUUUGAAGAAUCCCUUAAUCUUUUCAGCUUAAAUGCCUUCAACAAUAGCCAUCCCGAAAGGGGAUAUGAAGAACUUUCAAAACAAGCAGCUGCUUAUGCCAAUGGCCUUCCUCUAGCUCUGAAAGUUUUGGGUUUACAUCUUUGUUCUUGUGAUAGAGAAACAUGGAAAAGUACAUUGGGAAAACUCGAGAUGUAUCCCCAUCCUCAAAUUCAAGAUGUGCUGAAAAUGAGUUUUGAGGGAUUAGAUGAUGUAGAAAGGGACAUAUUUCUUGAUAUCACUUUCUUUUGCAAAGGAGAAGAUAAAGAUCAUGUCAAGAGGCAACUCGAUGCCAAUAACCUUUUUGCUACUUAUGGAAUAAAAGGACUUCCAGAUAAAGCUCUUAUAUCCAUUUCAAACAACAAUGUAAUAAAAAUGCAUGACUUGAUUCAAGAAAUGGGUUGGGAAAUAGUUCGACAAGAAUGCAAGGACAAUCCUAGGGGACGUAGUUGGUUGAAUGACUUUGAGGAAGUAGGAAUUGGUGCACUUUCUGGAGAAGAAACUCGUUGCUCCGUCUUGAAUCUCUUCCUCUCCAACCAUAGCUUCUUUUUCUACUUCUUUCGAUGA